AUGGCUAAAGGUCAGGGUAUGACUCGCAGGUUCAACCAUUCGGCUAUCAUCAGAGCAAGCUAUUUUCAACUAUUCAUUGUGUUCAGUAUAGUAUUGGGAUGUGCUUUCUUCCCAUUGUAUUUGUAUGAGGUGCAACAUGGAGAGUUAUGGUCAACCGAUAUUGGAUAUCUAUUUCCUUCGAAAGGCAACGGGAAUAACAGUUCAUCGCCUACUAUCGACCACGAGUAUGAUCAUGUCGAGACUAUAUCAAAGGUGACAAUACAUCAAGAAACAAUUACAGUGACUGCCACUGCUACGGCUACGGCUACCGCGACCUCAACCGUAAACAAACUCGUCUCAAUUACGCGGACACGGACACAGACACAGACAGUGGCGAGUCUUCCUACACCCACUCGACAACCCAUCAUCAUCCUCCAGCAUAUGACGGACAACUCGAAAUCCCCCGUGGCGAAAAACGAUUCGCGCUUACUCCUUGAUCGAUCAUCAGGCGACCACGAGCGAUAUGCCAAAGUUCACGGGUAUAGGUAUAUCCAGGAUCGCACAUCCUACGUCGAAGAGGGAUUCCAUAGUAGGAGGAAAUCAAACAACAAGAUACAUUCUUUGAUAAGGACGAUGUUGAAUGAAUUGGUUAAACCCGAGGGUGAAAGAGCUGAAUGGAUAUUUAUGACAGAUGCCGAUACAGUGAUAUGCAACCCCUCCAUCCCGCUACAUCAUUUAAUCCCAUCUGCCGUACAUCGACUGAUUCCCGAACCUUUAUUCCUUGGAAUCAGAGAUUUUAAUGGAUUCAAUAAUGGAAAUAUGAUUUUUAGAGUUAAUCGACGUAUAAUAGCAUUCUUAUCCAAUGCAUUAUCCAUUGAAGAAAGUAGGGCACAGAAAAUCAUGAGUGGAAAUAAAGAUGUUGAUCCAAAAGGGAGGAUAAGAGAUAAUUUCGCUUCUGAUCAAGAAUCAUUAUCUAUCGCUUUGCUUUCACCUGAAAAUCAAGAUGUUCAAAGAGGUUUUUACGAAAUGCCAUGUGAUUGGUUUAAUUUUUAUCCUGAACAAUUUAAAGAUGAUUACACCCAUCCACCUGAAGAGAGGAUGAUCUUACAAGUGCAUUAUCCAAACUUCAGAAAAUGGACAUACCCCCUGCAACCUAUUGUAUCUCAUGCUGAGAAUAUAUACAAUACUGCUGUCGGCAAUGCACUGAAUGCAGGAUUGGUGAAUAGCCAUUCGGAAGGAUUGGAAUUGAUGGAUUGGUAUGAGAAAAGUAAAAUGGUAGCGGAUGAUUGGUGGCGGACGGCGAAAAGUGGGAUAGAUGGGAUUGAAUUUACAACGAUAUGA